UCUCCCCCUCUGCAGUCGAUGUUCAGCGUCUCUGUUCGUGGCCCUGAGUGCUUAAAUUCAUCCCCAUUCACUCCUACAAACCCUGUGGCAAACUCAUUACUAUAACUUCUCAAAGAAAAUGCCCCAAACCUACAAAUGAACCCACUCACAUGUAUCACAGGAUAGUAAUGUCACCCCCUAUCAAGCUGGGAGUGUGUCCACUUGGCACAGACAAGGAAUAUGACAGUGAGAUCCUUCAUUUGGUCCAUUUUUUCCAUCAACCUCUGUAACAAAAGAACCUAGCAAAAGCGUAACCUUGAAACACACGUUGGAGACGAGAUGCAGGCAGAUCCCUUCUGCAUGCGAGACAGCACACCUUGGAGAUGCAGGUGGCAUCAUGUACAGCUUGCCAGGCCUGCUGGGGCAUCUGCUCUGGCCUCUGGUGGCUGCUUAGACUGGGAUUAGGUCAGGAGCCAGGGGUUAGCAGCUGGGUGUGCUAAUGAAAUCAAAGGAGGACAGGGUGCAGACUGGGUGGAGGUGGUGGCUCUGCAUUGAAAUAGUAGCUCUGGAAUGCAGACUUCCAGAGCUCUCCCCACAGUGUGGAGAGGAACCCUCCCUGUUAGAGAGUUGCAAUCUAAGAACUGAAAAACCGUGAAGAUGGGAGUUUGAGAAAAUCAGGGAAGAUGAUGUGCUUUUUUAAUAAGACAGCUUUACUGGCCUUUUCAGUUCUAUCAUUAUGUGUUCUGGAACGUGAUAGAGGCAAGCAAGGAGGACUGGGUUAGGAGUUAGGAGACCUGAUGUUGUUGAUGAUUUGCAGUUGUGGCCUUGGACAUGAUUUGUAGCCUCUUCAGAAAUCUCAGUUACUUGUCUGUGAAAAUGAAAAUAAUUGCAGAUAAUAAAGCACCACACCAGCACAGCCACUGUUCAUGGGGCUGAGACCGAGGUUUCUCUGAGCCUCCGUUUUCCUCCUUGUUAAAUGGGGAUAAUCAUACUGGCCCUGUAAUUGUAGUGAGUGAGGAAGAGGACAAGUAAACCUUGGAGUUCUAAGUGAGAGGCCAAUCUCACAAUUCUGGGGUCGCUUUAAGAAGUCAGUUGUCAAUCUGGGGCCGGCUGCUGUAGUGAGCCUCACAUUGCCCCACCUGACCCUUCUCUCCAGGGAGCCCCUUCCCUCCUCCCCUCCCCUCCCCUCCCCCAACCUCUUCCUCCCCUUGGCCUUCCUUUGUCUGGGAGGCUCCAAGCUGCCUAUGCUGUUGUCUUGAUCCAUCAGGCAACUGCUGUGUUUCAGAUCCCAGUGAAAUAUGUCUGUGUAGUUUGUAAGAAAAUGUGGGUUCCUUUGGGAGGAAGGGGUCAGCCGUUACGUGGGUGUGCAUACCCUCCACCACUGCACUGGAAAUCCCUAGAACCAGAGGAACAACAUGUACUCUCCAGAAUCAACAUGAACCUAGCCCAUGGUUAAAAUAGUUUUUAUAAACAACCUGUUUCUACCUACUCGUUAGUUUUCACUAAACCUCUGGAGUGGGAAAGGGGCAACAUUUUAUUCUUCAAUUCAGAGGCAGAUGAGAGAGAGAUGAAGAAGAAGGUGGGGCAGGGGUUAGAUUUGAAUCCAUUCAGCAAUUUCAAAAUUCUCAUUCUUACGUUCGCACCCCAAUUAUCUUGGAAUUCACUUUUCUCAAAUCCUCAGAUAAUUCUAAAAUUUGACCUGGUCAAUUGUGUUGGUGUAAGAAUGAGAUAGGGCUUAAUGCAUUCUGGGAAAGAAAUGAAAAACUUUGUUAAAUAUGUGAUUUAAGCAUUCCUUUUUAUUUUAUCUUGCCAAAUGAAAAUACUUUAUUCACUGUCACCUGUAAGAGAAUCCAGAUUCCAGGCUGGAUGAGGGAGGAAGGUUGGCCCCAGCAACCCUGACCUCAAAGAGAAAAGGGAAGCCUUUCUCGGGACCAGGUGAGAAGCAGCCCAGGGAUGCAGUCCCUCCAUUCACUUCCUACGUGGCUCAGUCACUUGCUUCCUCUGUGGCUCGGUGGCCUUGCUGCACCAGGCAGGGAACUUGGAAGUCCCGUUCCCUGUCUCAAAACUUCCGCUCAGCACACCCCUUUUUUCUCCUUCGGGAUUUGCCAACGUCCAAAUUCCAGUGCUUGUAUAAGUCACCCCAGAUGUGUACCAAGGUCUCAGCAUUUGCAGAAUCUCUGUGUCAAUCUCUAAGUUAAAGAUGCUUUAAGGAAGCACCCAGUUCCUUCUGCUAAUAACCGCAGUUUGUCAUGUGACACCUGCCCCUCCUCCCCAUUCUCUCUGUAAACCCCCCACCCACCCCACCUUUGAACUGUCCUUUAUCUGCCAAACAUCUCCAUUUCCUUCAAGGUGGUAAUCUUCUGCUUUUGUUAUUUAAGUUUGGUUGUCUUCUUAAUUGUUACCCAAUUGGUCUGGGUCUUGCAUAAACAGUUAACAAAAACACGGCGCACGAGGCAGCCGUUUCGCUUUCUGGGCUUGUUGUUCUUGGCACUGGGUCAGUUCUAUGAACUUCUGGUGUCCAACUGGUAGGACCUGAAACUCUGUGUUUAACAAGUGCCUGUAGUCAAAACAGUUGGCGUGUGCAAGCUCGGAUAGCUGGUACUGACUGCAGCCGGCCAGCCGUUGGGUCCUGGGACGUGCGGAACACUGGACCCCCAAUCACGGUGCUCUGUUUGAGGGCCGGGCUUUUGUUAUUUAGUUUGGGAGGAGGGGGGUCUUCUUUUUUUUUUUUUUUUCUUUUUCUUUUCUGUGAUGACAUCUGCUAAUAUGGAUCACUUCAGGUUCCAAAAGUACAACGUGUUUACAGUCGUCGUAGAAUCAGAUUAAGUUGGCAGCCCGAGUCUCGCUAGAGAAGACACGGUUCAAUGUGUAGACCUUCUCCAUCUCCGGCGUCUCCACCCUCCAAUUCCAGGACAUCACUAGUACAGGUGAAAACAAAAGCCUGUCUCAGCGGCCAUAACUCUGCCAGCAGCUCCUCAAAGCCAUUCAAAACGCCCAAAGACAAUCUACUUACCUCCAGCAGCAAACAGCACACAAUCUUUUCAGCGAAGGGAUCAAGGGACAAACCAUGUGUUCCGGUUCCCGUAGUCAGUUUAGAGAAAAUUCCUAACCUAGUGAAGGCAGAUGGUGCCAAUGUCAAAAUGAACUCUACGACCACUCCUGCGGUCCCCUCGUGCUCCACCUCAUCCUCUGCCGUCUCCACCCCGCCUGUCAUUAAGCCGGUCUUGAUGUCCAAGUCAGUGCCACCUUCCCCAGAGAAGAUCUUAAAUGGCAAAGGAAUUUUGUCCACCACCAUAGACAAGAAACACCAAAACGGCACCAAAAACAACAGCAAGCCUUACAGGAGACUUUCAGAGAGAGAAUUUGACCCAAAUAAACACUGUGGAGUAUUGGAUCCCGAGACAAAGAAACCUUGCACAAGAUCCCUCACCUGCAAGACUCACUCACUAAGCCAUCGGAGGGCAGUCCCAGGCCGGAAGAAGCAAUUUGACCUCCUCCUGGCGGAACACAAAGCCAAGUCCCGGGAAAAAGAAGUUAAAGAUAAAGAGCAUCUCCUGACUUCGGCAAGGGAAGUACUUCCCAAUCCCCCCGGGCCGGCGCACGACUCACUGCCGGGACCUUCAGGGAGCUCGGGCCCAGAACCUAAAGUCGCGUCCCCUGCAAAAUCCAGGCCACCCAACUCUGUGCUUCCUAGACCAUCUUCUGCAAAUAGCAUAAGCAGCAGCACGUCUUCAAAUCACAGUGGCUACACUCUGGAACCCCCUCUGCCCCCAGUUGGAGGUGACCUCGCCAGCCGACUGUCGAGUGAUGAAGGGGAGAUGGACGGAACCGAUGAAUCCGAGAAGCUAUUAGACUGUCAUUUCUCUGCCCACCACCCCAGACCUCUUGCGUUUUGCUCAUUUGGGAGUCGCCUCAUGGGACGAGGGUACUAUGUGUUUGAUAGAAGAUGGGAUCGUUUUCGAUUCGCACUAAACUCCAUGGUAGAAAAACACUUGAAUUCACAGAUGUGGAAGCACAGAAACCCGAGCCACAGGGCAUCAGGUCCCUCCCCCCUUUUCAGGACUUGCCUAACAAAUCUGCUGUCACUGAGCAACAUUGGGGCUGCCUGGGUGUCAACUCUGGAGAGCGUAGCACCCCGCUGCCCUCUCAACCUCGCUGCCCAAACCCCAGGCCCCGACGGGCCCGAACCUGGAGGGAUGGCAGCCGAUGGGGGCGUGGAAGACAUUAGGAAGAAAAGGAACGGCCAAGACUCUUUUUUCUUUAACAAGCAUUUAACUCUGCAUCAGGAGACGCCAACACAGUAUUCUCUUUCAGCCAGGAAGAUCCCUCCUGCGGCAGAUAGCCCCAUGCCCUCGCCAGCAGCCCACCUCACCACCCCUGUUCCAGCAUCCGUUUUACAGCCUUUCAGCAACCCCAGUGCUGUGUAUCUUCCUUCAGCUCCCAUCAGCUCGAGACUCACCUCUUCUUACAUAAUGACAUCAGCCAUGCUCUCAAAUGCAGCUUUUGUGACAUCGCCGGACCCGAGCGCCCUCAUGUCACACACCACAGCUUUCCCUCAUGUGGCCGCAACCCUCAGCAUCAUGGACUCAACCUUCAAGGCCCCACCCGCCGUGUCCCCGAUACCAGCCGUCAUCGCUUCCCCAUCCCACAAGCCAUCCAAAACCAAAACCAGCAAAUCCUCAAAAGUCAAAGACCUGUCCGCCCGUAGCGACGAGUCUCCAAGUAACAAAAAGAGGAAGCCGCAGUCUUCGACUUCCUCCUCUUCCUCCUCAUUACCCUUGCAGACAUCCCUCGCCUCCCCAUUGUCAGGGCCCCACAAAAAGAACUGUGUUUUGAAUGCCAGUUCCGCUUUGAACUCCUAUCAGGCGGCCCCUCCCUAUAACAGUCUGUCUGUGCACAACUCAAACAAUGGGGUGAGCCCACUCAGUGCCAAACUGGAGCCCUCAGGACGGACCUCGCUGCCUGGUGGCCCCACGGACCUAGUGAGACACGUGGGCUCUGGGGGCGGCAGCAGUGACUCCUGUCCCCUCUCUGUGCCCUCCCUUGCAGGGGACCUCUCUCUGGCCUCACACAAUGCUGUGUCUUCUCUGCCCCUCUCUUUUGACAAAUCAGAAGGAAAAAAGCGUAAGAACUCAAGUUCUAGUAGCAAAGCCUGUAAAAUCACUAAAAUGCCUGGAAUGAAUAGCGUUCACAGAAAGAACCCGCCCAGCCUUCUUGCUCCGGUGCCCGAUCCUGUUAACAGCACCUCCUCUCGGCAGGUUGGGAAAAAUAGCAGCCUAGCUUUGUCACAAUCCAGUCCUUCAAGCAUAUCCAGCCCAGGACACAGCCGACCGAAGAACACAAACAGAACGGGCAGGAUAAGGACUCUUCCAUAACAAGACUCUGAAGCCACUUCCAAACCAAUGCCUGGCCACGGGACCCCACCCCAGCCAGAGGAGGGAGGGGAGUGGGCAGUGGGGGAGUCUGUUUCCUAUGCCCUACCUGUGGUUCUGGCCUUUCUUCUUUUUUUAAUUGACCAAUUUUUAGUUUUGAGGAAAAAAGAAAAAGGCAAAAGAACGUGAAUUUGAGAUUUACAGAAAACAAGUACCAGUGUUUUGUUUCCGUUCUUUGAUUUGCCAUGUGUAUACCUUCUUCCAAGUUUGGAGUCACUCAUCUAGCUUCUGAUGCUGCUGCUGCAUCAUUUUGCUCCAGCCACAAGAGCAGACAUUGCAGAAUGUCUGUUCCUGGUUGGCCUCGUCUGAAACUCUUGAACUCGAGCACAUUCAGUGCUCCUCUCCUUGGGCUCUUCCAUCUUUCCCUCCCGUCCCCGCCUACCUGCCACUCUCUGGGUCCCCCCUGGCCAUCAGAGGAACAGGCUCUCAGACCUCCCCUCUGGACCGUGUGUUGAUGGGGGAGGGGCUUUGCUGGGGAGCUGCCUGUGUUUAGGGAGCAGAGAGCUGGAGGGUGGGCCACGUGUCCCCAUCAGGUUUCUAGGGCAGCAGAAUGGCAGGAACCAGAUGCAGAAUUGAGAACAGCAGCGUUUAAUGAUGGCGCUCACUCAGUACCGCUAUGCAGCUAUGCAGCUCACAGACGUACUGGGUUAGGGACGGGGCAGGAACGGACCUACAAGGUUGCAGGAAGAAUGGUGUGGGGGUAGGAAAAGACAUCCUCAAAAGAUGGUGGGAAUUGGGUGACUGUGAUCAUCUGAGCUUGUUAGGCCUCCAUGCUACACAGUUCCUCCCAGAGCACCGUGUACAAGGGCACAAGGCCGAGGAAGUCACCGGGGGGAAGAAUUCCAGGGAAAGGGGCACAAGACCUCAGGAAGCCACUCAGGAGGAGGAAUGGUACCCAGGGCUGUGGACGUUCUCAAGCUGCCCUCUGGGGCUUGACAAGAGGAGAAAAGCCGGGCCAGAAGCAAGGGCUUGAGGGAAAGCUGCUGUGGAGGGUUAAUUGCCAAACCCCUGUUAAUAAUAAAUACUAGCAUUGCCCACCCACCACCGUGCCCUUGGCCAGAGGCCCCCAUUCCAGCACAGCCACCCAGGAAAGAAUGGUAAGGCCACCACUCAUGGAGAAGAGCCAGAAGGGAGAAGCCGGAGGCCUGCAGCUACAAAACUGUUCACACUGGAGUUCUGAAAGAAACAAUACCAUAAGCUCUAAUUGGGAAUUGUAAUCAGGAAGGAGUUCCCCAUAUAAAAUAGGUGUUCUGUGCUAUGAAUCAUGUAACUUUGUGUACAGUAUAAUGGAAGAGAUACUAGGAGUUUUUGCUUCAUCCAUAAGUCAGAUAUGAAUGCGAGUUUUGCCGCUGGAUGUAAACCCUCAUCCCUAACCUAAAGUUUUCCUUUUCUUUCCCAUUCCCUCCAAACCCAAAGAUCAGACUACUGUUAAAUUUCACCAUAUGAUUGGAUUUUGCAAAGACGGGAGGCAAACGGAGUGAUUUGCAUCAAUGGAAUUGCACUGACAGUGUUUCUUAAUAGGAUUACUAAAGUUUUUAAUAUAAAAUGAUUUUUUUAAAAAUCAGGAGUUGAUAUUAGGUACUAGGACAUUAGUUCAGAUGAAUUCAUUUUUAUUUCUACAGUGUUAAAAGUGCACUUAUAUGCUGGUUUAUUUCCAUCUUGGGAAAAAGAGACUGCAAAUUGAAGGGAAGAUUGUUACUUUUUCUUUUUUAAAAAAAAAAGGUUAAGGCAGAUUUUAAGACUUAUAAAUGUUUAAGAAAUUAUAAACAAGGUUAGACCCUUUGAAAAAAGUUUAGAAGAUAUUCUUAAAGUAAAUUUUUAUAGUGUUAAUUUUGUAAUAAUUUAUGUUUUACUAUAUUACAGAGCUAACUGACCAGAAUAGUUUCAGAAACAAUAUGAAACUUAGGAAAGUUGAAGCAAUGUUUAUAUUUUUAAAAUGUUCUUUGAAUUAUGUUUUUAUUGUACAUUUCUUCAGACUGAAAAGUAUGUACAUAUCUUUGUUAUUUUUGCACAAUUUUCGUCUUGUUCAGUUUUAGAAGUCUGUUUUUUUUUAAUAAUUUAUUUUGAGUUGUAAUACUUGCAGGAGUGAAAACAACAACAAAAAAAAUCUCAGCAACAAAAUAACCCUCUGAUUUACAAACUCUUACACUCAAAGAGGGAAAACAAAGGUUGAGAGAUUAAGUGGCUGCUUCUGAGAAAUAAUGUCUCGACAGGGACUAAAGGAGCGAUUCAAUGGAUUUUAAACAUUUUAGCUCUCUACAUCUUGAAUUGCAAGCUGGAAUAAAGAGGCUCCCCACUGAAUGCUGCUUACUUGGUGAAAGACUGGCUCUGACCAAGGUGAGGACAUUUCUGGAAACUGAGCAAAAAGGGAAAACCCACGGUGUUUCUUCCUUCACAGUCAGCUACAGGUUUACUUUAUAAUGAUGUAUUCAAAACUCACAGCUUGAAAAAUGGAAUGCAAAUAAAAGGUUUUCUUUCAGUUUGUUUGGAUGGAGUUCAACUGGACCAGCCUAUAAAGCAUUUUUGGGGGAAUAUCCUUUGGGUACUUCUGUUGUGCACACCCCACUCAGCCCUCUCUCCUAGCCCCUUGACUGCACACACCCCCAUCUGCCUGAAGAUCUUGUGACUUGUCGCCAGCCGUAGAGGCUCGAAAGCUCUGGUUGUUAAAGCGUAACGCAAUGCAUAGACCUGUCAGCCAUAAAAAAAAAAAAAAGCGACCUGGAUAACUUGUAUGCCUUCUUUUGUAUCAAUGUACCAAUUGUAAAUAAUGCUGAUCAACCUUUGUAGAGAAUAGUUUAUACAGCAUA